CAUACUAUAACUUUCUUCCGCGUUUCCUUUAAACGUUGACCUUUCGCGCAUGCGUAGAUACUCGCAAGGUUCGCUAUUACUUUCACGUAGUUUUCUCAAGUCUCUUUUGGAUCUAUUCAAGCAAAACAGCAAUAAAGACAGAGCUACAACCUCACUUAUGAGACACGCGGCAGACAUUGAAGGCUCACAGUUACAUGGGUUUAAUGUUGAGCUCCAAUAUUGAGAAAAAGGACCGACAACAACACACUUUGCUAACUUGGAUGGCUAAAAUGCGCUGACUUACAAUAUUGGGCCAUGACACCCCGACACUGACACUGUCGAUAACAGCAGGUUGUCCAGAAGUGUCCACAUGAGUGAUCAUGGAACGGGCGUCCUUCAAACAAAACCAGCAGUGUGGACCAUGGGAGAUGAAGGAGAGGCUUGGGAUGGGAGGCUUUGGCCACGUCUACCUCUAUCAGCAUCUUGAGUCUGGAGAGAAGUUAGCAGUUAAAAUCUGCCGCCUCGAUCUGAGUUCCAAGAAUAAGGAACGCUGGAGCAGAGAGAUCCAGAUCAUGAGGAAGUUAAACCAUGUCAACGUUGUCCAGGCCAGCGAAGUUCCAGUAGAAUUGAGUUCAAUUGCUUUGAAUGACCUUCCUAUGCUGGCCAUGGAGUACUGUUCCAGAGGAGACCUACGCAAAGUUCUGAGUAAACCAGAAAAUUGCUGUGGGCUGAAGGAAAGUGAAGUCCUCGCUCUUCUCAGUGACAUUGGUUGUGGAAUCCAGUAUCUUCAUGAAAAUAAGAUCAUCCACAGAGACCUAAAGCCAGAGAAUAUAGUGCUACAGGAGAUCAAUGGCAAGAUUGUUCAUAAAAUCAUAGAUCUCGGUUAUGCCAAAGACCUCGACCAAGGCAGUGUCUGUACGUCGUUUGUUGGAACGCUCCAGUACCUUGCUCCAGAGCUGUUUGAGAGUAAACCAUACACUGUAACUGUGGACUAUUGGAGUUUUGGAAUAGUCAUCUUUGAAUGCACAAGUGGCUUCCGCCCCUUUUUACACCACAUGCAGCCUGUACAGUGGACAAGCAAAGUGAAGAAUAAAGGUGCCAAGGACAUCAUGGCAGUGGAGGACAUGAAUGGAGAAGUUACAUUCUCAACACAUCUUCCUUAUCCCAACAAUCUCAGCAGGCCGUUGCUCGAGCCAGUUGAGAACUUGCUGCAGAUGUUGUUACUGUGGGACCCUGUCGCACGCGGUGGAGGGUUGGAUUCUGUGACGAAUAAGGCACGCUGCUACAGCACUCUCCAGAAUAUUAUAAAUAUGAAGGUGAUCCAUGUGUUGGACAUGACGUCAGCCGAGCUGCACUCUUUGGUUCUGGACGCAGAUGAGAGCUUACACUCAUUGCAGCUUCGUCUGGAGACGCAUACACAGACGCACAUCUCCCCACUUAAUCAGGAACUGCUGUUGGAGACUGGAAUCUCCCUCGACCCACGCAGACCUCCUGCACACUGUCUGCCGGAUGGAUUGAGGGGCUGGGACACCUUCAUAGUCUUUCUGUUUGAUAAGAGCUUGUCCAAGUACACAGGACCCCUGACCGCCAGACCACUGCCAGACAGUGUCAACUUCAUAGUCAGGGAGACCAAGACACAGCUGCCACUGGCUGCAUUGAGAAAAGUAUGGGGGGAAGCAGUCAGCUACAUUUGUGGACUCAAAGAGGACUACACACGCCUGUACCAGGGACAGAGGGCUGCUAUCCUCAGUCUGCUGCGUUACAACACCAACUUAACGCGCUACAAGAACCUGCUCUUCUCCCAGUCACAGCAGCUGCAAGCCAAACUGGCUUUCUUCAAAACCAGCAUCCAGCACGACCUGGAGCAGUACAACAAGCAGAAAGACACAGGCAUCUCUUCAGAAAAGAUGCUGAGGACCUGGCAUGAAAAUGAAGCAAAAGCUGAGGGGUUUACAAAGGUUGCUGAUGUGGGAUAUCUGGAUGAAGAAAUCAUUUCUCUACAUUCUGAAAUUGUGGAAUUGCAGCGGAGUCCAUUUUUGAGACGACAAGGGGACUUAAUGGAACAACUUGAGGGAAAAGCAAUCGAACUCUACAAGCAACUAAAAGCCAAGUGCAAAAGCCCUGACCCGCCACAUGGUUACAGUGACAGCUCAGGCAUGGUGAAAGCCAUACUCCAAAUGUUUCAGAACCAAGACAGAGUCCUGAAAGAUUUGUACACUCACCUUAGUACAAUUCUGGUGUGCAAGCGACGCAUCGUUGACCUCUUUCCAAAGUUGGAGAGGGCAGUAGAGAACAUAAAGAUGGCAGAGUCGGCCGUAAUGCAGAUGCAAACCAAGCGGCAGAAGGAGUUCUGGUACCUUCUUAAGAUUGCUUGUUCCCAGGGUAACUCUUCAUCACCAAGUUUUAUGCAUCCCAACAGUGACAGUGAAACUGUUCAUCAACUACUGGACGACAAUCACCGUUAUUUAAGUCAGCUUACGUCUCUGCUGCAGGAUGCCAGUGAUGAGAGGGAGCAUAGUAUUAUGGAACAAGACUGGAGUUGGACUCGACACAACCAAAAAGUCUCAAAAGUGUCAAAGACACAGUAAAAAAAUAUAUAUCUUUGAUCAUCUUAUGUAAGAUUAUGUAAUGGAAACAUGUACAAUACAAUGUGUGAUCCACAAUAAUGUAAGCCUUUAGGUUGUAACAUUCAUAGUACAUUUUGAAGGGUUUUCCAGCUGUCACUUAUUUAUUUUACUGGUGAAGUUCUGAAGAGGAUUGCCAAGAACAAUAAAAAUGUGUUUGUUCUUGCUUAUUA